AUGGCCCAACGCAGAUUUGCGCCCUUAAAUGCCGAAGGAGGUGUACCCGCUCUGAAGGGCAUUGUAUUCGAUGUUGAUGGGACACUAUGGCAACAUUAUAUGUUCCAAGAGAUGCGGGAUGCUCUCGGUAUAGAGAAAGGUGUUGAUAUAAUUCACCAUAUCCGAGGCCUGCCCACCUUCACGGCGAGGACGGACGCCAUCGCGAUGGUCCGCGACAUUGAGCGCAAGGCAAUGGUAAAACAGGUUCCCCAGCCAGGACUCGUCGAGCUCAUGGACUAUCUCAAUUCAAAGGGAGUCAAGCGAGCUCUGUGUACACGCAAUUUUGACGGCCCGGUGAACCACCUUAUUAAGUCUCAUCUGGCUACUCAUGUAUUUGCACCAAUUGUAACUCGGGAUACGCCAAAUAUAAUGCCCAAGCCCGACCCAGCUGGGCUACUGCACAUUGCGCGAGCAUGGGAUCUCGAGGAUGCUAAUAAUUUGAUCAUGGUCGGUGAUAGUUUAGAUGAUAUGACGGCCGGACAUAAAGCCGGAGCUGCUACCGUGCUGCUCUUGAAUGAACGGAACCAGGAUCUGAAGGAUCACGAACACACUGAUCUCUGUAUUGAGCGCCUGGAUGAUUUGAUCAAUGUGCUCGAGACUGGUUUCCGUGGAACUAGGGAAAGGUCUUGA